UGCUGCCUCCAUCCAGCCUGCUGCCUCCUCCACCCUGGCUGCUGCCUCCUCCACACCAGGUGCAUCAGCAUCUCCUGAUGAGUCUGUGGCUUUGGAUAGUGUUGGUCUGCCAGGCAUGGACAGAGUCGACAGCCUAGCAGAGUAUCUGGUGGAGCUUAGGGACCAGCCCUCUCUCGUCCUCACCAACCAGCAGGUGAGCAAUAUAGUUGCUCUUUGGCAGAACCUGCUUGAUUUUGAUAAGCAAAGGGUGGUGUUUGCUGCCAGACACCAGAGCAGGCUGGACACAGGGAGGUUCAGGUCCCCCAAAAAGAGGCAGGAGUUCACUCCAGGGGUGGAAAGUGUGAAGAGGCAUGCACUCACCACCACAGCACCACUUGCCCAGUGGCCAGAUUGUUGUCGCCUGAUAGAGACCAUUUUUGUUAAGCUCUGUGCCAUCCAUAAAAGCCCAAAAAAGAAGGGGACAAGCACAGUGUCCAGGUGGGUCCUCAUCUUGGAGGACUACAAGAAAAUCAGGCAGCGCAUUCUGGCCAAUGCUGCUGUUAUGCAGCAGACCACCCUGCAGCUGGUGGAUGUAAGCCACACAACACUGGUUCAGUGGCACAAUAAAAGAGUUAAAAGGCAGGACAGUGCAGUAUUAAUGCAAGGGCUGCAACUGCCUAGCCGCUUGUCUGUGGCGGCUGACCCUCUGCUACCUGCCAAUGUGCGUCCCCCGUCUGCACCCCCCCAACCAGGCCCAGCUCACCAAUACCACCUGCCCAGUAGCACCGUGGGCCAGGCACAAACAAAGAGGAAGAGGAAAGUACUUCCAGCCCCAGCGGUUUUGUCACAGCCAGCUGAGAGACCUCAAACCCAGCGGCAACUCUUUCCUGCUCCACCUCCAGGUGCUCAACUGGUGUGGCUGACGCCAAUGGCCUCUCAGGGACUUACAGGGCCAUUCCUAGUUGCUGCUCCACAGGCGCCUAUGACCAUCCUCUCUUCUGCCCCUCCUGCUGCCCCAGUACGGAAGCUGACACGCAAAGUACAGCACAACACGUGCAAAAAAUGCGGGCAGUUCAGGACAGCGGAGACUGGGCAUAGCCAAUACAAGGGCAUUAUUUACUGCCCCUCUGUAGAGACUGUGCCAAAGGAGCAGUGGUUGGAGGAUAUAAAAAAAACUAAAUGA